AUUUCAAACUAAAACUCACCGUUUCCAGUCUCUCCCCUCCACACACUUCCUUCUUCCUCCCUCGUGAGCAUGGCGUGGACGGAGGUCCGGCGGCCGGCGGGUUGCGUUGGGUUCGUCCGGCGAGCGACCCGGAGUUACGCGCGGCGCCGGCUCGCAAAUCGGCGAUUUUGAUUCGUCUUUCCGCGAUUUCCCUCCAUUUUCUCUUUUUUUUCAUGCUGCUGCGUCGUUUAGCUGGAGCUGCGAUGAUAGUGGAGUUGCCGUGGAGAAGUUUGGCGGGAGGAGGUGAUCGGUCGGCGGACGAUUUGUCUGUCGGUUUGGGCGACUGUUCUCGCUCGUCGCUCGUGGCGUGUCCUCGUUCUCCGGUUUUUUGCUUCGUGUACUGUUGAUUCUCUUGAUCCUUGCUGCCGCUGCUGCUUCUUGUCUCUUGCGUUCGACUUUCGACGAGCUGUCAGGAGUUGCUCGGCAAGUGGCUUCAGUGUGCUUUUCCAGGAGAGUUGCAGGUGGUUGCUGGGCGAGUGGCGUGAAUGGCGGAGGUUCAUCCGAAGAAGAGGACGCAGCGGCGAGGGAAGGAGGAGGUUGUUGAGAGUUCCAGAAGCAUGUUCUCGAUCCCUCAAGGUAAUGAACCCAAAACAAAGCAGGUCAGUGCAGCAGUGAAGUUGUUGAAUCCUGCCUUUGGUGAUCACUAUUCUAGGAAACCCCUUGGCGAUAAUGUGAAAAAGGUUUCUUCAAGGCCUAUGAAGAUGCUAAUUGCUGAAGAGAUGGAAAAAGAAACGGAGUGCGGUCGUCGUUCUCCAAGUAUAAUUGCAAGGUUGAUGGGUCUUGAUACACUGCCUGCACAGCAAGUGGAAUCGAAACAGAAGCGAAGAGCUGUGGAAACUGCAUAUCAGACUUCAACAUUUGAUAAGCAACAAAACCGAUCUGAUGCAUUGCUCCAUGCCUAUGAACGGUAUCCUGGUGAAAGCAUUUUGCAUAAGAUUCAUCCCUCACAUGUGCAUGCCAUGGAACAUCAGGAGUUUAAAGAUGUCUUUGAAGUUCAGGAGACGUCAAAGGCUCACAAACAACAUUACUUUGGACAUCGCAGUAGCAAAAGAAGCUCAAAACUACCAGAAGCAGAGAUGGAAUUUGUGAGGCAAAAACUGGUGGAUGGAAAGCAUCUCUCAACAGAUGAGAAACUUUGGCGUUCAAAAGGGUUCCAUGAUGUACCAGAUGAUUUGGAUUCUAAAAAAGAUCUGUUCCUGAGGGUACUUCAGGAACCUGAUUCAUUAUUCACAAAGCAUCUUCACAAUUUGCAGACCAGGCCAUCCCCCACUGUGCCAAACCAUAUAACGGUUUUAAGAUCAAGGACUAGAAUGGAACUAGAAAUUUCAGAUAAUUACAGUAAUGGGGGCAUAUACUGGAAGUCUGAGCAACAGACUGAAGGGCGAAUAAACAUGCAGAAAGGUGGUGGUGGCUGUCCACUGAAUCACAACGUUGCACAUUUUUCUGGUGGAGGAAGUUCUGUUUGUCUACAUAGACCUUGUCAACUACAAAGCCUUAAAGGUGAUAACCAUUCAAUGGCUACAAGAAUAGUUGUUCUGAAGCCUAGUCAACGGAUGUCACAUCCAGAGGCUAAGGUUUUCUCAUCAGAAUGUACCUGUACCGAACACAGAAUGCAUAGAGUUCGAAGAUCUAGCAGGCAGGAUUUGUUUGAGGAAGCUAUUAACUGGCAGAGAUUAUCCAGAAACAGUUCAAGAAUCAAUGAGGGAUCUGUUAGACCAAAGCCACGGGGUUCAAGGGAAAUAGCUAGGGCAGUCACGAGGCAAUUAAGACAAAGUGUUCACAGGAGCUCCAGCGUCCAGCACUCCUACAACUUGUCAAAGGAAGACUCCGUUUAUCAUUCAGGAUCAUUUGCCCAUUGCCAGUGGCCACAUGAACUGAGCAGCAGGUUUACCCCAUCUUAUUUUCCGGAGUCACCAGGCAACAUGGAAGCUAGGAAGCACCUCUCUGAUAGGUGGAAGACAGCACAGAGCAAUGGCGAACGAGGACAUCAUGGAGGAAGUUCUAGCACCCUCGGUGAGAUGCUGGGCCUGCCAGAACCAAAUAAUGAGAAGGGAAAGCCUUUCCUUACCUUAGGGGAGGUGAUAGGCCAGGACGGCUGUAACUAUGUUUCAGUUGGAAAAGAGGGAUUGACAGGCUGUGGCUGCAGUACAGACCAAAGCAACUGGCAGUUUGGUCAAGAUAGUCAUGCUCGAAGAAUGCGGAGGCCAAGGGCAGUUCCGUUCUUGACUGAAGGGUGUAGACAUCUUAAAGCAACUGGCAGAUUUAGUUCUGUUGAUGAUAUUGCAAAUGAUCUGAUUGCAAGGGAAGUUAUUUCACCAAUGCCUGAAUGGUCAUCUUCCUCAAGAUGGCAGCCUGACUUGGAGGAGAAACCUUUCACCAAAAAUUGGAAUUUGGGUGGUGACGAUGGAUCUGGUUCAUCAAAGUCAACAAAGCCAAAUGAUGACCAUUUGUUGUCAGCAAAGAAAUGCUCAACAUCACAUCAUUCUUCAAGUAUUGAUGGUGGUGGGAGUGGCGUUGGUAAAAGACUUUUGUCUGACAGCUGCUCUUUGUUGCUGAGUGAUCUGACACAGGAUAGAAAGCAGCUGAAAGAGUCUGUUUCAGUUCAUGAAAGCUAUUCCGAGGCAGCCGCUGAUCGUCAUGAUACACUUAUUUAUCAAGAUUUGGAGCCAUCAGAUCAUGCAACAGUUUUGAGGAAAGGUUGCAGCCGUGCUGAUUCUCUUGACCAUGACAAUAGCAUUGGCGAGGUUUCAUCAUCAGAUCAUUGUAUAACAUCACCACGUUCGUGUGUGACCCAAAAUGGGCCAGAUGAUGCUGGACAUGGCUCUCUGCAAAAGGAUACUGCGGAACAGCCGAGCCCUGUCUCUAUCCUGGAACCACCUUUUGAAGAAGAGUUUUCCAGUUCAGAAUGCUUCGAGAAGAUUAGUGCUGGUUUGGACGGGCUUCGCAAACAACUGCACCUUCUCAGGAUGAAAACGUUGCAGAAAGAUGACGCAGAAGACUCGGACUGCGAGUCAUCGGUUUCUGAGGAUCUCACGGAUAGCUGCUGCAGCAAUGCGGAUGAAGCAGAAUCCAAGGAGGAAGAGAACAUGGAAUUCUCAUUCUUACGUGAUACGCUGCUGAAUUCAGGCUUUGACAGAGAACAGAAUAUCCUGUCAAACACAUGGUAUUCGCCGGAGCGGCCAUUAGACCCAUGCUUGUUCGACCAAUUGGAUAAGAAAUAUGGUGAGCAGGGGAAAUUGUACACUGCGACUGCCAAGAAUGUAAGGUCGCUACGGUCAGAAAGAAGGCUUCUAUUUGACCGUAUAAAUGAGGGCCUCGCAGAAAUACUGAGGCCUUGCAUGGAGAUGUAUCCAUGCUCGAAUGUGAAGGUUAGGAGCAGGAUGCUGCUGAGGUGGGGAGGACGGCAGUUGACAGAGGAGCUCUGGGAGCUAAUACAGACCGGCAUGACCAUGCAGAGCAGCGAGACGGAGGACGGUGACGAGUUUAUAGAGACAAUGGUGAGGAAGGACCUCGCUGGGCACGGGGACUGGUUCAAGUUGGCAGAGAAUGUUGAGCUGAUCGGUUCAGAGAUUGAGCAAGCUCUGUUAUCGGAGCUCAUGGUGGAAAUGGCUACUGAUCUUCAUGUACGUUAAGACCACAAAUUUUCUAAUUUUCUCAAAAAGUGUAAGAACACGAUGAAAUAGUAACAUGAAGUCAAUAAGUUCUAAGACAGCAUCAUCUUACAUGCUGCUGCUCAGAUCCCAUCA